CGCCGCCUCUCGGCGCGGCGGCGCGGGCUCUGGGGCGGGCGGGCAGGCGCUGCCGCCGCGGGCGGGCGGAGCGUGCAGCAGCAGGACCGUCCCCGGGCGCUUCCGGUGCCGCGGCCGCAUGGACGCCAACCUGCAGCUGUGGCGGGCGGAGGGCCGGUCUUUCUUGCAGAGGUUCCGUCUCUGGGCAGAGGUCCUCGACCCGCUGCUGCUCCUCAGGUCCACGGAAGAAAUAAGAAGCAGCAGAUUAUCCAUACAAAACAAUGAAAAGACCCUAAGUGAGCCAAUUCACAACAAUCAGCAUGUGCUUUGGUGCUGUUAGUCUGCACAUGGAAUAUGAGUAAAUUAUAUUCAACCAUGAGUAUAUGGGGGAAAAUUUCACAGAGAAAAUAAUGCAAGAGGUGAGGCAGGCCUUCCUGCUAAGCCUGUCUAGCGUGCAUCCUGAUACAGACAGUAUAAUUCCUGUUUUGUUUAGACCUCCAGCCUUCCUGCCCGUAUCUCUUCCAUUGGUUAUUGCUUCAUCACUUCCGCUCCAAGCAAGGAAUGCAUUUAUUUGUCAGUUUGUGUUUCACACAUAUACUACUGGAUUCACCCUAAUCAAUGGAAAUGGUACCACGAAGGCUGAAGAGUACUCUGUUCAACAAAAGCAAGUCUUCUGUGGCUUGGGAGCUAUCUCCUAUGCAGCGUGUAUAGGUGCUGUUCCUAUCUUCUUCAUGAAUCGAUACACAUUGAAGAGUCCCCUGACGCAGCUAGUCGUCAGAAAACUUUUACCUGCUCCUCUUCUUGGCUUGAUGAGUGCAUUUACUGUGGCGGUGGUGAGAAGUCCAGAGUUUGAGAAUGGGAUUGAAGUGAUGGACAGGAAUGGUAAAGUUGUAGGAGUAUCGCAGAAGGCUGGUGAGAAGGCCGUAAAAGAAACAGCAUUGUCAAGAGCAGCCUUGUUUGGGACAGCCUUCUUCCUGCCAGCUGUGUUUAUGCACUUUGUGGAAAGAGCAAACUUUGCAAAAACUCCACGUACUUUAGCUUCAAUGAGAAUGAUGAUGAUUACAUCAGUACUGGCAGGGAUGCUACCAGUUUCAUUUAGUAUGUUCCCACAGUGUGGGAAGAUAAAGCGAGCAGACCUGGAACCAGAAAUUCUGUCAUCUACAGAAGAAACAGAAUUAUUCUAUAAUAGAGGAAUUUAGGGGUUGGCUUUAAUGUAUAAAUGUGUGCUCUGAUUAAAGUGAACUCUGAAUGCCUCAGCAAAUUCAGUGGAAUACUUGACUGAUGAAAUCAAGAGUUUAGUGGGAGGGCGCAUACUGGAUUUGGUACACAAUGAUGUGGUCUAUAACCAGGCAGACUUCUAAGAGGAAGACUUGCUAUUUGCAAGUCCUAGCCUACAGGCAGGUAUGUACACAUACCUUAAUGUUGUAAGUGAUAUUUGUACCAGAAAGCUUUGUUGUAACAGUGUGUGUGUCUCAAACUGUGUUCAUUAUGCUUCCUCAUGUGAUUGAUUUCUUAAUUAAAAGACUGUGACUAUUGAAUACAAA